UAAGUAUAUCGACGCGCUGGAGUCGCGACUUCAUUAUACACACUUUAAUCUCUGAAUGACUUCAUCCACCCACUCCAUUCCCUCGUUUUUUCCCAUUCAAAUCCUAACUUUCUAUAUGAAUCAGUUCGAUAAUACUUCUAAAACAAAAUCACUCUGUCUAAGCACCACAUGAUGAUGCCUUGUUUCCCUCCAACCCCAUCAAGCUCCAUGGCAUCUUCCAGAAAUGGCGGCCGCGAGAGAAAACUUCCUGAAGGAUAUGUAACGAUUAAAGAAAUUUGCGAGAAAAAGAUCCCUCCUGGUAGGUUUGUUGGUGUUAUCGGCUUGGUGAAAGAUCGUAGGGCUCCAAUUCCAGUGGGGACAAGAAACGACUGGAAGUCUUCUAUUACACUUUACGAUAAAUCUGUGGAGGACCAAGAUGUAGGACUCACCAUGAACAUAUUUCGACCUGAAAAUGAGAUGCCGCAACCAGGCGCCAAAGACGUCGUUGUAGUAUCGUCUGCUAAAGUUCAGACACGCCCUGGCGAUGAUAGGUCCUUGUUAUCAAACAAGACGACAGUCAUCUAUGUCUAUUCGUCUGAUCAAAUCCCGAGACCGCCAGAGUCUGCCAAGCAGGCAUUACUGCCUCUCCAGCGGAAGACUGACCGGCCUCCUAGCGAUGCGGUGCAUGACUACGUUUCCUGGCUCUAUGAUUCCAUUGACAAGGAUCUCGUGCCUGAUGUCCAUACGUUCAACACAAACGUAGAACAGUCUCGCAAUGUCAGAUCUAAGUUUCAAACGUUAGACAAAGUUAAGGACGGCCAGUUUUACGACAUAAUCGUCAACGUAGUCCGAGCUCCUUCUCACACACUGGGGAAAACUACCAUCUGGGUCUCAGACUAUACGCAAAAUGAUAACUUUCGCAACUUCCCUUGGGGCAGCGAGGAAGUUUCGGUGGACCAGUCUAACGCCCUGAAUACCUUAGCUGAUUGGUCUGGCCCUUACGGAAAGCACUCCAUGCAGUUGAGAUGCUUUGGCCAGGAUGGAGAUUUCAUUAUGGAUCAAGUUAAAGUCGGACAUUGGGUCCAACUACGAAAUGUUCAAAUCAAGUUUAACGAAUUCGAAAAUAGUCUGGUAGGGUUUUUGCGAGAAGACCAUGGAAGCUGGGACACGGGUCUUCGGGUCGACGUGCUGUUAACUAACGAUCCCGACAACGCUAGCCCAAGGCUCAAAGACGCCAUCAGGCGCAAACGAGAUUAUGAGGAGAAGAAAAAAAAGCAACGAAAAAAUCUGGCUAAGAAUAUUGCUGCGAAGGCUGGCGGCAAUGAGAAUGAUGGCAAGCGCAAAGCGGAAGGCCAACCGGAAGGGCAGAUGAAUUCCAAGAAUCGCCGGGCGGAGCAGAGAGCCAUGAAACUGAAACAAGCCGAAGAGAAAGAGAAAGAGCGCGAGGCACGACUUGGCCUCAACGAACUAGUCAAAUGCGAAAGCCCUGACCAGCCCAUCUCUCCAGUCUCCUUCAUUACGGAACGCAAGACGGGGAAGACAACGGUAAAUGGCCAGGAAGUGACCCUUUCCCUUCCCUUUACAUGUGCCAAGUAUCGGGCCAACGUUCGAGUCGUGGACUUUUACCCGCACAAACUAGAGGACUUCGCAGUCGGGCGGAAGAUACGUGAUACUGACAUGUUGUCGGAUCACGGCGGCGAUACCGACUCAGAGGAGGACUCGGAGGAUGAUGACGACAGCGAAGGGGCAAAGACAUGGGAGUGGAAAUUUGCCUUGAAACUAGAAGAUGCAAACCCGAAGCGCAAAGACGAGGAUAAUACAAUCUGGGUCGUAGUCGACAACUCCGAGGGGCAGACACUGCUAGACCUCGAUGCAUCAAAUCUGAAUGCAAACCCCGAAAGAUUGGCAAUGCUGCAAGAGCAGCUCUUCAAGCUCUGGGGCAACCUAGAGGAGACCCGGCGAGACCUCACCCGCGAUGCUCCUCCUCGUCGAAAGCGCAUCGCCGCAAAGCAACCCCCUCCGUCCUCGCCCGUUCACGGACCAUCAACGAGCAACCAAAAACAACCACCGGGGGCGGACAAAAACAACAACAUUAACGAAAAAGAACCGGCAAUCUCAAACAAGCCCUUCUCGUGCUGCAUCCGCGAGUACGGGGUCUCGAUCCCCGAGCAGGAUCCCAGCAAGGCGAACGCAGGGGACGGCAGGCGCUGGGAGAGGAUGUUUGGCUUGUUCGGGACCAGGAUUACCGCGUUGACGGCAUCUGAGCCUGAGGCUGACGACUAAUGGGAAUCGGAAUCGGGAUCAUUGCAUUGGGCACAUGGGAUAGAUAUAAUGAGAGGCAAACUCGCUAGGUUAAAGGUAGCAUCGUAGUAUGCUGUAUAAUAAAAAUGUUAUUAACGACUGUAUCCUUUUAGGGGUUUUGUCAGAACAUAUCUAAGCAGGACCGCUACGU